CAUACUGGGCCGGUUUAUCUGGUCCGAUGUAAACGUUCUGGUUUUUGAUGUUUAAGUUUUUUCUGUCUCUGGUGAUGAUGAAUGAAGCCGCGGAUUAUCAUAACAUCCAUAAACCUCCAAAAGUUGCAGAAAAGUCAGACUUUUGUUUUGGGUCGUUGUGUUUGGGGAUCAUUUCUGCCCUUCUGGCGGCGAGCGUCAUCAUCAUCAUCCGCAUGAGCGCCGUUCUGUACAGACAGGAAGUGAACCUCAGUGAGAUGAAGAUGGAAAUCCUGGAGAAUCGGGCCGAGAUUCUGCUCAGAGACAGAAACGAUCUCAACUGGACGCUGGGAGUCAUCCUGACCUUUGACCUGUUUCCAGUCAGAGAUUUCUGUCGUAAAAACAGUGAGUAUGUUUGUACAGCCUCAGAUCUAGAGUGCCAGCCGUGCAGGAGAGGCUGGACUCUGUUCCAGCACAGGUGUUAUUUGUUUCAUGAAGACGGCUGGUUUACCUGGCAGGAAGCUCGGCAGCUGUGCCAGGACCGAAAUGCAGACCUGGUGGUUAUCGACAAUCUGGAAGAACAGGAGUUUAUCAGUAAUCGAACAGACUUUUACUUUGAUGAAAAUCACGGAUACUGGCUGGGACUGAACCAGACUGGCGGCAGCUGGGUCUGGGUUGAUGGACGCGUUGAUACUUUGGGGUUCUGGAUGCAGAAACCAUUUUCUUUUCCUGGGAAAAAUGCACUGCUGGUUCCCAACAGGAAUCCCACAACCAGCUGGGCCGAAGCCGACUCCGAAUUUAAAAACAGAUUCAUCUGCGAGGGAAAAGCUCUAACAAGGUCAUAGCAGCUUCAACAAACCAGGAUUUUCACCACUUUUGAUUUAAAAAGUCAAGCAGAAACUUCCUGUUUGGCCUCAGUUUGCCUGUUCUGCUUGUUUUUUUUUAUUUUAAUCAAAUAAAUUAAAUAAAAUAAUUUCCUCAGAGUUUUUGUUCAGCCUGUACUGGAGGUCAAAGGUUUUCUGACGCCGUUUCAGUUUGAUUUGGGUUUGGUGUCACUUCAAAAAGGAACUAAGUUUAAAUUUAGGUUCCUUUUUGCUUAUUUUAAACAUAAAUUAAUGUUUUUGUAACACAGAGGAAACUUAAUGUGUGGCAGCAUUUCCUUUACAAAUGUGUGUAAAUCUGUGUGCAUGUUCUGAAAAUGUGGAAAACACAGUUUUGUAAUCGUUUCUCUGUCCUGACAUGUGGAGGUUUGACUUCUGGUAAAACUCAACUUCUUGAUGAAAUAUGUUGUGAGAUGGUGCCUGAUGAAAACAUGAACUCACUGGACUGGCCUGUUUUAAAUUUCCACAUAAUGUGUUCAAAAAGCAUCAUCAUUUCACAAAUAAAUCAUGUUUUCACCUACAGACUGGGCCCAUUUCACACAGACACGCCUGCAGUUUUUGUUAAAGUUUCAUAAGUUAAAACAUU